CACCCGAUCUCUCUGCAACUCAUCCCUAACCUCCGAUUCUCUCUCGCUCUCCUCUCCUGAAGAAAAUAGAACUCUUCCAUGGCGUUUGCCGGAAAGUUUUAUCAGAUCUAUCACUGCGGCGCAUCGAACGGUCCAAAAAUCAAAAGCUGCUCAAUUACUCCUCCGACGAAUCCCUCUAGUUUCCGAUCUCCGGCGACGAAGCGCUGCUUGCGGUGCCGCAAGCUAUACUCCGACCACGACAAUUCGCCUUCCGCUUGCUCCUUCCAUGGCCACAUCACUGGGGAGAGAGGGCUGUUUUCGAUGUCGCCGCCGCACCAGGGGAUCGACGGGGAGUGGAGCGAUGGCUCCGGCGUGAUUGUGUACAAGUGGAAUGACAAGGCUCAUAGACCGAACACCGGAACCGGCAACUGGAAGUGCCGGUGGAGCUGUUGCUCGGAGUACGACGAGAACGCCCCUCCUUGUCGGAAAGGCCGACACGUUUCUUACGACGAUGGCUUCACCUUGUUUUAGCUUUUACACCCACACCAAUAAUGUCAUUGAGCAUGCCUAAUCUAAUUAAUUAAUUUUAACAUUCAAACAUACUUUAUAUUAAAGAAUGGGUAAAACUUUGUAAAA